AUGAAAACAGUGUUCUUUUCUUAUGAACAACCAGAUGAACCCAUAAUUAAUUUAAAAACUAAAUUUAAAGUUGAAUUAUACUUUUAUAUAUUAGCUCUCAAUUCUCUCGAAGGAAGAUUUGAACAAUUACAUAACCACUGCGAUAAUUUUAAAUUUUUGUAUGACACAAGUAGUCUAAAAAGUAUAACGAAAGAUAAUAUUGUGAAAAUUUGUAUGGAUCUUAAAUUGCUACAAUUAGAAAAUGAAAAUGUUAGUAAAUCAGAUAUUGAUGCCAUAGAAAUGACAGAUGAGUUAGUAGCAAUAUCCGAGUUAUUAAAACCCAACAGUACCCCAUUAGAAGUUUUACAGUUUAUUGUAAAUAAUAACAAUUUUGUACCAAAUGUANAAAUAAUUAAAAAUUAUUUGAGAUCUUCUAUGAAUCAAGAAAGGUUAAGUGAUCUUGCUACAAAUUCUAUUGAAAAAGAAGUAAUGGAAAAUCUGGAGUUUAAAAAUUUACUGACUGAUUUUGCCCAAGAAAAGGCUCGCAAAAUUAAUUUUAUUUAA